AUGCAAGUUAAAAGAGCCAAAUUCCAGGGUUCACCAGAUAAGUUUAACACAUAUGUGACCCUGAAAGUCCAGAACGUGAAGAGCACAACUGUAGCAGUUCGUGGUGAUCAGCCUUCCUGGGAGCAAGAUUUCAUGUUUGAGAUCAGCCGUCUGGACCUGGGCCUAAGUGUGGAGGUGUGGAACAAAGGGCUGAUAUGGGACACAAUGGUGGGGACCGUGUGGAUCGCACUGAAGACUAUCCGCCAGUCGGAUGAGGAAGGGCCCGGGGAGUGGUCUACACUGGAGGCUGAGACAUUAAUGAAAAAUGAUGAGAUCUGUGGAACUAAAAACCCAACUCCUCAUAAAAUCUUGCUUGAUACACGAUUUGAGCUGCCUUUUGACAUCCCAGAGGAGGAAGCCAGAUAUUGGACCUACAAAUUGGAACAAAUAAAUGCCUUGGCAGAUGAUAAUGAGUAUUCCAGUCAAGAAGAAAACCAGAGGAAGCCGUUGCCCACUGCUGCCGCCCAGUGUUGUCACUGGACCUAUUUGGGCUGGGGAGAGCAUCAGACCUUUGAAGACCCUGAUAGUGCCGUUGAUGACCGGGACAGUGACUACCGAAGUGAGACCAGCAAUAGCGCCCCACCUCCUUAUCACACGACUACCCAGCCCAACGCGUCUGCACACCAGUUCCCUGUGCCAGUGCCACUGCCACAGCAGCUAUUUCUUCAGGGAAGUUCCCGAGACUCCUGCAAUGACUCUAUGCAGAGUUAUGACCUUGACUACCCAGAGCGUCGGGCCCUCAGACAAGACUGGCAGGCUAAGAAUGACAAAAUUAGGAUUAUUUCAGCUUUUUCUAAUGUUAAUUAUGAAGAACAAGAAAAUAAAUAUGAGAUGAAUGGGAGAACAUCACAAGACCUUCUAGAAAAUAGCGAUAUAUAUUUGAAGGAAGUAGGGGUCAAAGAAAUGAGAACCUUUUCAAAAACUGAUGAGAGCCACAGCCAACCAAACCAACCAGAGAACAGUUUCAGAAAGAUAUCUCUCAAGAGCAGGCAUGGCCAGAAGUGUGAAGCAUCUGCACUUCCCAGAUACCCUCAAAAAUAUAACACAAUAGAUAGGAGGAGGAAAAAAGCCUUCUACAGCCAUUCUGAAGAUAAAGAAAGAUGGCAUUACAACACUAAGAGUAAUUCUAAAUGUGCAUUUCCAGAGACUGAGAAAUCUGCUCAUUAUCACAUUGAAAAGAAGAAACUAAACUACCUGGUUUUGUACCCUUACCAACACGGACUCGUGAAGAGCAGCACCCGGAACACAAGCUUGGAAAGCUGUGAUUAUGGCCUGCCCCAUCACUUAAGGAACUAUGGGAAUGUACCUGGCUCUAACUGCCCCAUCACUAACCUUACUCCAGUAGAUAUUCUUGAUGAGUCUCCCAGCAGUACUUCUGAGGAAAUUUUAGAUUCCCCCAUUUCUGAUGAGCAGGAAAGUAUGUCACCAACAUGGCAUGCAUCCAAUGUCCAUCAUAUAGGAGACUUUUCUGAAGAAUAUUAUGUAGCAAAUUCAGCAUUGCCAUUGCAAAGGAUGAACUGUAAUGCAAACACAGUUGGAGAUUUGUCCAGAUGCGCUGUGGAAGAUAUUACCCCUUCCUUUGUUGAAGGACCCAAAGAGAACUAUGUUGACACAAUGGAUGAGCUUCAGUGUUUGGUAGAAACUGUGUCAGAAUAUUUAGCAGAGAAGGAAGAAGAGAUUAAUAGAUUCGGUUCUCUUUCAAAAACUAAAGAACCACACAAACACAAUACUGCUAUUGCUAAUGCAGAACAGAAAACACCUGAGAAUCAAACAUCGCCUUCAACUGUUACCCAGAAUGCCAAGGCCAGGGCUCUAUCUUUCCCUGAGCUGAACGGAGUAAAGUGUGCUGUUGGUUCUUUAUUCAGUUCAUUAACAGAAAAAGUAGGUUCAGACACAAAGCAUCUUACAACCUCUGUGGAAAAACUGGUUCAUUUAGUUCCAGAGAAAACAGAAACUUGGAACCAAACAGAGACAAUUAAUGUGGGACCUAGCCCCAGUGCCAAGUCAGUAUUAGAGAAGGAUCUUUCUGCACAAACUUUAUUAUCCUGUCAAACAACUGAUGAUAAGGAUACUGACAGACAUGGCAGAGCCUCUGAGAAUGAGCACCUAGGUGGUAAGACUAAAGGGGAGAGCUCUCAGGACAGCACAGAGACUACUAGAAAGGACUCUGCUCCACAAGUUCAGAGUUCAAUUGUGAAGUCUGUUUUCAGCAUGCUGAAUCCAUUAAAGAUAUUUUCUGAGAAAGAAGAAGCCAAAAGUGAAGACCUCAGCAAGGUAUUGAGAAGGGAAAGCACUGUUGGGUGUGGUUCUGAGUCAAACCAAAGUGAGGACCUCCUGGACAACCAAAAUAGCAGUCUUGUUUCUCUAAAUAGAAGUAAAAGAGAAACUGCAGAUCUUCAAAUGCAAGCAAGGGAAAAUUUGCUGUCCUUACAAGUGGCUGAUGAGCCUUCAAACUUAGCUAGUAGUACAGGUAAGAAAGGUGAUACUGAUAAUCAGUUGGAAGGAAAACCUUGUGUUGAGCUUUCUCUAUCAAAAGACCAACCCAAACAAAGUGCCAACGAUACUAUGGGGUGGCCUGGUAUAGCUGGCAGUACCCUCACAAAUGAGGAAUCUUCUACAAAAGCAUUAGAGGAGGACAAAGUUACCAGUGAUGAUGAUUUCCUUGAGCCACUAAGAAAAUCAUUUAGUCAGUUCCUUUUUACUUCUCCUGAGACCUGUCAAAAAGAAACUCUGUCAGAAUCUGUAAAAAUUCUUAAACUGGAAGAAGAUGGACAGGAAAGAGAAGCUAAGAAAGACGGACUUUCAUUUUCGUUUAGCAGAAAACUGCAUAUUCCAUUUUUCAAUGUUCUUAGCCAUUCUGAAAAGCAUCAGGAUGUAAAAGAGAAAGGAAGUAUUUUUCCUUUGUUUAAAUUUCCUCUCACUGACAGUCAUAACACUGUUAAUAAUCAGAGUUUUCACAGCUCAGUAGUAGCCACUGAUAAAAAGGUCCAACAAAAUUGCCACGUGGAUACCAGACUUAUUUCAGUAAAUUCUAGCUUAUUUCCAAAUAUUCAUAAUCAUCUAGAGAAACUAGAUAAUACUGAGGAAUUCAGUGAGAAUGACCAAAUAUAUUGUACUGAAGAUGUUAAAUUUAAUUCAUUAAAGUCUAGUUCAAAUACUCAUAAUGAUCCAGAGAAACUUUACAGCACAGAGGAAUUUAAUAAGAGUGACCAGACACAUUGUUCUGAAGUUGAAAAACAUAACACAAUGAGGUCUGACUUAACCUCAGAUAUUAAUAGUGAUUUGGGGAAAUAUGGGAGUUUGGAGGAAUUGAACCCAAGCAGCCAUGCAGCAGUAGAGCACUAUGAAAAAGUUGUGCCCAAAGAACAACACAUCACUGUAGAAUCUGCACUCUCAGAAGAACGUGCAGAUCUUACACAAGUGGCAUUUCCCUUGAUGUCAGGCUCUUCAUUAGAGCUUUUUUCCGCCAUUUCAAAAUCCACGUUAGUUAAUGACAUUAAUGAAGACAAAGUUGAAAAUGAAACUUCUAACAAAGGAACCCAAAGAGGCUUCUUUUCUGGCCUUUUAAGCAAGUUUACUUCUCCAGAAAACAUGCCUAGUCAACAGGAAUUCAACUUGAAAAGUGACAGUUCCCAGGAUAAGAAUAAUACCUCAAGCUCAUUACUCUCUGGAAUAUUGAACUUGAUAUCAAACAGCAGUGUGAAUGAUUAUAAUCCAAUUGAAGCAAAGCUCAUGUCUUUAGAUGAUGCAAAAAAUUUGGAUGGAAAUAAGCAUUUGUCCACAGAUGAAGUUCCUGUUGACUCAUGUACGACUUCUGAGAACCUAAGGAGCCAACUUGAAAACAAUGAAACUUCUAGCUUUAUAAAAAAUUCUUUGUCAUUAUCAAAAGAAGCCAUUCUAUCAUCUGAUGGUUGGGUUAAUAAUCAUCUUUGCCCUCCUACAUGGAAAAGCCAGGAGAGUGAAAAACAUUGCCCUUCUGAGAACAUACUCCAUUGUUCUGAACAGGGUUCCUUAGAGAAAUCUUUGACCAAGAGGCCAACAUCAAACCAUAUUCUUGACAUAAAACUACAUGAAAUGUCAAACAAGCUAAGUUCACCAACACUGAAUACUAACAUUUUAAGUAAGUCAAACCAUUAUCAGGGCUUUGAUGAGGACUUUUUUGAAUGGGAUCCUGAUUUAAAAGAUUUCUCCAGAAACUCCAGAAGACUUCAGCCAGUUUAUCAUUUGUUGAAUCAAAAUACAUUUCCAUCAGCAGAUGCUUUCUUGUGGCCUGACUCAGAAAAUCCAGUAAUAAAUUUGUGCCAAAAAGAUCAAAAUGCAAAUAUAUUUGAGUGGGGCACAAAUCCAAACAGUGUCAUUUCAUGUGACUUACCAUAUGAAUCAUUCGACCAGUUAGCAUUUAAUGAAGGUUACUUAUUAAGAGGUGAUAUGUGGGCAGCCAACUCAUGUGGAAAUUCUGGUUAUCUUCCAGUUAAUGAGACCAAGAAUUCUCUAGAGGAAUUGCCCAUUGAUUUAAGUUACUCUUCAGAUUAUGAGAAAAUUAUGUGCUCUCUGCUGCAACAAGAAUCAUUAAGAAUGGACGAAAACUUGAUCUUUUCAAGUUUUGGUUAUGAGUAUCAGGAGUGGUUAUCAUAUCUUGAAAAUGGAGUUUGGUGGCCCUCAGAGGAUGGGAAUUAUGGAUAUUAUAUGUUUAAUGAUGGUCAGUAUAUAUAUUCUCUCCUCACUGAUUCUACUGGGCAGUAUGUAUAUUUAUUUAUACCCGAUUAUUAUGAAUAUUUGAACUAUAAUUUACAAACAGAUGCUUUCCCAAGUAUUAUGUUAGAUGACAACACUAUUUCUGCCCAUAGUCUUCAAGUUCUUGACAAAGAAGAUAAUUUAGUAUGGUAUUUUGAAGAAGAAUCAAUUGAAGACCCUCUUGACUUAUCUAUAACUUUGCCAAGAAGUGAGAGGUCAUUGUUUGUAAAUCUGGAAACCUUUUCUCAAGUAUUUGAGUCAAGUUUUGACCAAAGGGAUAAACCAUUAGAUUUUUCAGGCUAUAAUUCUCAAAAGUUUAAAAGAGAUUUUAGAUCUUUCAUAGGGAGACCCUAUUGUUCAGAAGACCUUGAGUAUAUAUUGGAUCUUAGAAACAAGCCUGGAACUAUGAGCAAUCAUGCCUUAAAUAGAGGCCCAAUUACAGAGAGAGAUAUGAACUGGCCUUUAGCAAAAAAGUCAUCAGCUCACCUUUCCAGGUUCCAUUCCCACCAGCCAUCUUCUGAAGAACCUUCCUCUUUAAUUCAUCCUGAGAGUAAGACUGAAAGUUCACAAAAGGAAGAAACCUCAUCAAUGAACAAAUUGACACCUAUGUUUUCUAUUUUGGGUACCUUGAUUAGAAGUAGUUUGAAUUUUGGUAAGAGUGAAUCUGUAGAUGGUUUGGUCAUACAGAAAACAGAUCAGCAAUCAAAGUUAUCUGAACCCAUACAUGAUGGUCUUCAGUCAUUGAUCUUGAGUAAGCAAUUACCAUGUAACUCCACAAAUGAGGACAGAAGUCAUCCCAAGGAUUUGGAGAGGCAGAUAGUAUCCAGUGUUCACCAACCAGAGUUUAUUGACAAUAUAAGGGAAGAAUUCUCUUUACAUAAAAAUAAUCACACGGAAAAGGGAAGUUUAUUAAAAUCUGGUUUUCAAGUAAGCCCAAAAACUAUUAAAGUUAAAACAGAUGUAGAGGAUGUUAAAAUUAUUACAGCAAAGUCCAUUGUAGAUCCUCUUGCACCACAGCUUAGUAAGGAUGAACAUAAGAAUUGUGAACUUCUGCAAGACCAGUCUUCCAAAGAGUCUGAGAAAACUUUGCUUACAAGUGCACUGAAACUCUUUGGUUGGGAAGAAGGAUCCUCAGUAAGUACAGUAACAAGUGAGAAACCGGCGUCUGGAAUUUUGAACCUCUUUAAAACCCGAGUGAAUAAGGAAGAAUCACCAGACUUGGAAAAGAUUGGUGAUAAAGGUGGAAAGAUUUCAUCUCAGGAAAAGAAGGAAUCUGCUGGGGUUGCAAGUUUUUUUGGUUCCCUUGGGGAUUUCUUUAAAACCAAUGUAUCUCCCGUACAGACAACUGAAAAUAAGUCUGUUUCUUUAGUGACUGAUGAGGAUGAAGGAAGGUCGAGUCCUAACCCUUUACAUCAGGAUACAGGAAAUUUUCCUCCAUUACCAGUUCCCUCAAAAAAGAAGAUUAGAAGUCUGACCAAACAGACUACUAUUGAUGACAGCGGGUUAAGAGAACCAUCAACCAGAGAGAUGCAGAGUAGUGGUUUUAAUGAAAAAGAGGUACCUGUCAGAGAUCACCAGGGGCAGCAAUCAGCAAGUCCACCUGUCUCAACAGGUCAUCCAGCAGAGUCUCCCAGAGACUCUUCAAAAGGAACGGGUGCCGUAUCUACAGAAAAAGAAGUUCCAAAGAAUAGUAAGUCUUCUGAUGCUCUAAGUAGAAGAAAUACAAAUGAACAAGACAGUUUUCCUAACCAAGAAUGGAAAUUUUCAACUGCUACACCUGCAUCCCAACAAGAGUUGCCACCCAGAAGGAAUAUAUUUUCUUUCUUAACUGGAUCUGAAAAAUCUGAGAACAAAGCCUCUGCAGCUCUCCCAAGGGCCAGAUCUCAAGCAGAAGGGCUGUUCACUCUUCCUUCCUUUUUCUCCACAGCUAACUUAAGUACCAAGAAGGAUGCCUCUCGCAGCAGCUCUGCCUUCAGUUUGUUUAACUUGUCUUUUUUGGAGGAGAAGCAGCAGCCGUCUGAGGAGAAGCAAAGCCUUUCAGCUAUUCCUCCAGUGACUGCCCAGCCUUGUAGGAAGCCAGUUGUGUCUGCAGACGCAGGAGGUACUAUGACAAAGGAAGAUUCUACCAGUUAUAAAGAAAGCAUAGGCCAGGAAGUAGUUCAUGAAGAACAAAUGGCUCCUUGUUUAUCCACUAACAGCACCACUGAGCUGACCACCUUCCUUGCAGACAAGUUCCAUGUAGAGAAAACCCAGGGAAAAAUGAGUUCUAGUAAAGGAGCAGAAGGAGCAACUGUUGAUUUUCAUGUGAAUCAGUUGCCAGCCAAUGUUGUUCCUCUUUCACCGGAAUUGCAGGAACAAGCCCUGGAGGUAGCUCCUCAGGAAGAAGAGUCUUUCCACCAGGACAUCUUCCCCAGGGACUCAGCAGCUGAGUCUUUUCCUCAUGACAAGUGCUUGAACAAGAAGCUCAAUGAUUUAGAUGUUUGUACUGAACACCAAAAUGAAAGAUUUACCACUGACUUAUUGAACUUGCCUUUGGAAAAUGGCUCCAACAACCUCUCCUCAACACAGAUCCUGGAUUUACCUCCUGCUUUUCCAGACCCAGGGCAUGCAGGGCUUCUUCAGAACCAAAAUGCAGAUAAAUUAGAAGACAGAUCAGUAUUAGGUUCCAAAGUAGAAAUGAUUUCAGGGUUUGUGACCAAAGUAAAAUCUUUUUCUGGGUCCUUAAUUGAACAGCCUAAGACUUUUUCUGGAUUUUUUUCUAUGCCUAAAUCUCCAAAGAAAAAUUCCUUUUUUUCUUUUUCUUCUGCUGCAUCAUCUGAGCCCCUCAAAAGUGAGUUGUUUGGAAUUUUCAGGAGUCCCAAACCAGAAACAAACAAACAAGAACCAUCUGUAAGUACUUCAUGCCUUCAGAGUGGUUCUUCCAGAGACCCUGUAGGAUCAGUUCCUCCAAAAAGCUUGCAUAGAGAAGCUGCCUGUGCAGGACUCAAUUCAGAGUCUGCUCCUAGUGCCUGUAGCAUAGCUGUGGUUAGUGCAAAGUCAGAAUCAGAUCUGCUGGCCUAUGACCCUAAACUAACACUUGAAAUGGAGAAAAAUAACAUUCCUGAAGGUAUUUCAAAAUCCGCAUGUUCUGAAGUACUUGCUACAUCUUCUGUCUCAGAGGAUGAUAUGGGACAAGGAAUGUUAUCUUUGAGUGAUGAAGGAGACAUGGGGCUGUUGCAGGGCACAGACACAGAGGCCUCAUUGGAAGCAGAGCACAUUCUUCCUCCAACGGAGCUACAGUCAGAUCCUGCCUGUGUUGCUGAAGAGCAUCCCCCCACAAGUCAACCACUGCCAGAGCCAGAGCCAGAGCCAGAGCCAGAGCCAGAGCCAGAGCCAGAGCCAGAGCCAGAGCUUCUGAUCGCCAGCACAAAUCAGGAGUUCUUUGGGCUUGCAACCACUUCUCUAGAAACUAGAACUUCACUGUUUGAUCAGGCAGGAGUCAGUGAGAAUACCACACUGGAAACACAAGGAGAUCAUUCUUGUCCUUUGCAAGAAGAGCCUGUGCUUUGUUCCAAAGAAAAUUCUAGUAUACAUCAUGCCCCAAAAGAUUCACCUGUAGCACCCCAGGAAACAGAGCAGACAAGACCCCGUUUCGAGAUCCCAAAUAUGGCCAGUUGGCCAAAGCUUCAUUUCCCAUCCACUCCUGACCAUGGAAAGACACUGAGUUCAAUCUUUAACCCCUCUUGCUCAUCUGGUAGCAUGGCAGCAGAGACUGGCUUAAUGUCAGGUUUUAAGAAAUUGUCUACUCUGUUUGAAGGAGCCAGUGAGGGGAAAGGGGGUAUCCUAGGGAAUGAUCCAAAACUGGUGUUUGGAAAGAAACUGGAUCUUUCAUUUCCAUGGUCAAAAGAGAAUAAAGGAGACACAGAGCAAAUGCCUGCAAAAUCAUCUCCGGUUUUGGUUGUUAGUGGUGAUCAGGACCGUAUCAUCAGCAAGGCUAACAAAGUCUUGGAGCCUUCUCAAAUACCUAGUGGUAGUCCUGAGUCAGCUGACAUCUGUACUCAGCCCUCUAGGACUACAGAACAGUUGGUGGCCAAGCCUAGUGACUAUGCUCAUGAGCUUUCAAAGUCUGGUGAAGUGGAAAAGCAGCUGGAAAUUUCAGCAUCUGAAGAACACAGGGGUGAAGACAGCAACCUGUCUGGAUCUGCCUGUCCUUCAGAGAAACACAAAGAAGAGCACUGUGCUCAGCCAGUAAAGCAAGAAGAUGUGUCGGCUAGCACUGGCUCUGUUUUGAAUGUGGGGCACCUAGUCAUUCUGGAGGAUGUCAAGGAAACGGUGACCAACAAAAGGCCGGUUCUCCACUCAGGCAUCAUAAAUGGUUUUAAGGACUGACCAUUUAUGAUGCAAAUGAUUAGUGGUAGAUUAUCAUAGUUUGCUUCAGUCCAUCCCAUGUCUUUUCUAGCACCUGAGCUUCAUGUUAAUUAGGGGCUAAGUGACAAAACAAAAGUAUGGGUAUUUUCAUUCUCUCCUUCUCCUAGUGUCAAAUAGAAUUCAUUUAGUGGACAAGGAGCAUCUAGCAUAAAAGGAAGAAUAUUUACAUAGGCUGGUUUGUUUUGGAAAAGGGAGGACAAGAAGAGGCAGCAAGUAUUUAAGUGCUGUCUAUCCUAAAAACAUAAUCAGAGAGGAUGUUUUCUUGGGUCUUAGACAUUUAUAGUAUAGUGGAUGGGAAUAGUUCUACUUUGCUGUGGUUUUCCAAGUCUUCUAAGCUGUCUCCCCAGUGGCUGUGAGGCUGUAAAGUAAAAUACAAAUUGCAAAGAAUGACUUAAGCUCAUCUGUAUUCUACAUCCUAUUCCACAUGGACUUGUAAAACUUCUCCUAGUGUCUCUGAUACAGACUCUCACAGUGCUCGGGACUGAACAGCUAUAACCAAGGUUAGGCUAGGUUGCCAUGAUACUCUACUCAAAGCUGAAGUUCCUUUGCUGCUCUUCUCUCAUCUGGAGCUCUGAACAAGGUCUAUCAGUAGAGGUUGCUAUUACUGCCCCUGAUCAUAGGCACUGCACAGGAUAGCUUAAGAGUACUACUUUGACCACUGGCCCAAACAUAGAUUUACUUAGAACAGUGAAGACAGAGACAGAGACAGAGACAGAGACAGAGAGAGAGAGAGAGAGAGAGAGAGAGA